AUCACAAAAAUGAGUACAGGAUUGUUUGGCUUAAAGAAAAAGAGAGAACAUUGAAGGAGACGCAAGAAGUUCAAUAAAAAAGAGUAAAGAGUGAAGAUUGAUGGGGAAGUUCAUAAUAGUCCAAAAUCACUGGGAAGGUGGGAACUGGAAACGGUGCGGUGGCCUUUCUACAGAAUGGUGGUCUUAGCUUAGUCACGUGGUGUUUCGGUAUAUUAUUGAAUGGUUCGGUUCCACUUUGGUUGGCUUCCCCAAAAUUUCUUCUUUUUUUCCUCUCCUCACCAAACAACUUCAAUUCCUUGUUGAAUCACUGAUUACCUCAAUACCCAACAGAACCUAGAUCUUCUCUCUUCUUCUUGUCUCUCUGUCUCCUUUUCCUUCUCCUCCAGCUGCUGAAGAACUGGAGGAUCAUUCUAUCCAACUCCAUGCUCCUGCUUUUUUGAUGGGUCAUUGAGGAUAUUACGUUUCAGCUUCCUUAUUCUGUUUAUGUUCAUGGAAUUGAGGAAGGAGAAGCUUGUUAGGUUUUAUUCUGAUCACAAAAAACAUAAGAAAUCGGCCAUUGGAAGCAGCAAUGAAGCAAUACAACUUGAGAAGUCAUCAUCAAGAUACUAUAUUCCGUCGUCAACAUUCUUAAUACCUGAUAAUGGACUAGGGGGAAGCAAAAGUAAAUUCGCCGAAACGUUUAAAACUGAGAAGUCUAAGGUGUUUGCAGAGGACCAUGAACCAUGGAGUAAAAGAAUACUAGACCCUGGUAGUAAAAUUGUUUUGAAAUGGAACCGGGUGUUCAUUUGCUCAUGCUUAUUGGCACUCUUUGUUGACCCACUAUAUCUUUUCUUGCCUGCUUUGAAUGGGAAAGGGCAAUCCCAAUGUGUAAGGACAGACUGGAAAUUGCGAAUUGUUGUGACCUGUUUUCGGACUGUUGCAGAUAUUUUCUAUCUUCUGCAUAUGAUUAUAAAGUUCAGAACAGCAUAUGUUGCUCCUAGCUCUCGUGUUUUUGGGAGAGGUGAGCUUGUGAUGGAUCCAAAGAUGAUAGCAAAGAGGUAUAUUAGAUCUGAUUUUUUUGUCGAUCUAAUUGCCACCCUGCCUCUCCCACAGAUUGUCAUCUGGUUCAUCAUACCCGCAACAAGAAGCCGUCUAACCGAUCAUAAGAACAAUGCUCUUGCGCUUAUUGUUCUGCUUCAAUAUAUACCGAGAUUGUAUUUGAUUUUCCCACUAAGUUCAGAAAUCAUCAAGGCAAAUGGAGUCGUUACAAAGACAGCUUGGGCAGGAGCUGCUUAUAAUCUUCUACUUUAUAUGUUGGCUAGCCAUGUUCUAGGUGCUACAUGGUAUUUGCUGUCAGUUGAUAGAUAUACUUCAUGCUGGAAAUCAUUUUGUAGGAAGAAGGAAUAUAAUCCGCUAGAAUGCAACCUAACUUUUUUUGAUUGCGAUACAUUUAACCAUAAUGACCGCAAUACAUGGGCAAAUAAUACACUUGUUUUUGAAAAAUGUGGCAUGGAUGGAGUUUUCAAGUAUGGCAUUUUUGGGAAUGCAAUGUCGAAGAAUGUUGUCUCUUCAAGCUUUAUUGCAAAGUACUUCUAUUGUUUGUGGUGGGGCUUGCAAAACCUGAGUUCAUAUGGACAAAAUCUGGAAACAACCACGUUCAUUGGUGAGACAUUGUUUGCUGUGCUCAUUGCCAUCUUAGGCCUGGUAUUAUUCGCCCAUCUGAUUGGGAAUAUGCAGACUUAUCUGCAAUCCCUUACUGUGAGGCUUGAAGAAUGGAGACUAAAGCGAAGAGACACUGAAGAGUGGAUGAGACAUCGUCAACUCCCCGAAGACUUGAAACGACGAGUUCGACGUUUUGUACAAUAUAAGUGGGUAGCAACUCGAGGUGUUGAUGAAGAAACCAUCUUGCAGAGCUUGCCUGCUGAUCUUCGACGUGAUAUUCAGUGCCACUUAUGUCUGGAUCUCGUCCGACGAGUUCCUUUCUUUGCACAGAUGGAUGAUCAGCUACUUGAUGCAAUAUGUGAACGCCUGGUUUCCUCCUUGAGCACGGAAGGUACUUAUAUUGUACGGGAGGGUGACCCGGUAACAGAGAUGUUGUUCAUUAUUCGAGGCAGAUUGGAGAGUUCUACCACAAAUGGAGGCCGUUCUGGUUUCUUCAACUCCAUAACAUUACGUCCUGGGGACUUUUGUGGAGAGGAACUACUUUCUUGGGCCUUGCACCCAAAAUCCACCACCAACUUGCCCUCCUCAACCAGAACAGUCAAAGCGCUCAAUGAAGUUGAAGCUUUUGCACUCUGUGCAGAAGAUCUUAAAUUUGUGGCCAACCAAUUUAGACGUCUGCACAGUAAAAAAUUGCAGCACACAUUCCGCUUUUACUCUCAUCAUUGGAGAACAUGGGCAGCUUGCUUUAUUCAGGCUGCUUGGCGUCGCCAUAAGAAAAGGAUGAUGGCAAAAGAUCUCUUAGUGAAAGAAUCAUUUACUUUAUCAGAACAAGUGGCUGAUGAAACUAGCCAAGGAAAGGAACAAUUUGCGGUUGUUUCAAAUCCUUCUCAGACUAAAAUGUAUCUGGAUGUAACCUUGCUGGCUUCGAGGUUUGCUGCAAACACAAGGAGAGGCGCUCAGAGAAUGAAAGACGACUUGCCAAAGUUACAAAAGCCCGAUGAACCCGACUUUUCCAUUGAGCCAGAUAGAUAACAGUUUCCAGUAGUCUCAAACAUGUCUCUGAGAAGGGUGAAAUCCAUUUCAGAUGAGCAUCCUUUUUUCUCUCAUCUGUUAUUUCAGACCUUACGGGGGCCUUCUGCCUAUUUCCUCCCUGAUGUAUAGUUUUUAUCAAUUACUUGCUUUAAUCCAAUGCUUAGCUGGGACUGCAAUGUCACGAACUGUGCAGUAAUGUCGUAACCAGGAAGUUGGUCUUAUGUCUUUAUAUUUCAUCCUCAUAGAUAGUAACUGGGUUCGUUCGUUGGAUGGUUAAACGAGCCACUGCGAACUAACUGCAAGUUAUAUUUCAGAGAAUACACAGUGCCUCAGUCAGACUUUUGCACUCAUCUUGAUUUCUUACGUUGAAAACUAUGCUGGUUUUAGCUGCUGCUGAGCUA